AUGUAUGCGAUAUCAUUGAGAGAAGUCUUGGAACGAUAUCUCUUUUCUCGAGCUCUCAAAGUCAGCCUGCUGCCUGUUCUAUUGACAAUAAGUUACAAGCUGUUGGUCAAUACAACGGUGAGAGAAAAGAGUAGCAAUUGUCCUCAAGCCAAGAAAGAAUAUCAGACACUCCAAGCACGCUGUGAGGAACACGACCGCUCCCUGCCUGCCUAUCCACAACCGUCCCUAUCGGACGUCAAGCAGGAGAUCAUCCGCCUCUCCUCGAUAUUAGAAGACCCAGAAUCGCACUCCGCCCUCCAGCAAGCUCUCCAACUCCCAGACCACGCCCUGGAGGCCGCCUACGAAGCAGAACUCAGCUCAUGGACGUCCCGCGGCGCAACAAAUUGGACAACGGAGAAGAAACGACUCGGGCUCCUGAAACCACGCAAGCCCCUGUCAACGCAGUGCCUGGCUACCACUCUACCUAAGUCUGGGAAAGAUCUCCUAUCGACCGCGGCCAGCCUCAUGCAUGCCAUUGGUGUGAUUGUUACCUCGCCGUGGAUCAUACGCACGAUCGGGACCGACGGCAAACAGAAACAGUUUGAGACGAAACAGUUAGCUGAGGUCUUUGCAACAAACAGAGUCCCGGGUACAGGCAUUGAUAGCGUUCGGACCUUUCCUGAGUCGCGGCAUGUCGUGGUCUGGGUGCGAUCGCGUCCGUAUAGGGUCGAGAUUAUCGAUACGCAGGGCCAGCCAGUCUCUGAACGGUCGCUGACUGCAGUUCUCCAACGGAUCCUGGAGCACUCGUCUUCAGACAAGAUCCAGCGAGCAAACAUAGCGUCGCUGUCGACAUCGCUUGACAGGGAUACCUGGGCGCAGGCACGAGAGGACAUCAUGCGUUCAGACGGCCCGUCAAUGCAGACCCUGGAGAGCGCGAUUUCAUCAAUUGCACUUGAAUUGGGACCGGUUUGCACCGAAGCUGAGCGCUUCCAUAUGACCAUGGCUGAUACAGGCAAUGUGUACAGCGACAAGACCAUGAGCUGGUCUGUUUUCGCCGACGGCGGCCUUUCAGCGCGCGUCGACCAUUCCGUUGCAGAUGGGGGGUUCUUCGGCCGUCUACUGGAGGUCUUCAUGGCCGUGAUGGCAAGAAGCUCGCAAAGGACAAUCCUGGGGAGGUUUCUGGGGCUCCUUGACUGGUCGUCGCAGCCCACCAUUCCUGCUGCCUCUGGUCUGGAAAUCACCUUUCAUACAGUCGACACAGCACGCCCCGACCUCAGCCUGGCCUACCAGCCGCAGUACAAGAAGCAGGUAUCCUUCUUUGAGAUUACAUUAAACCCAAACGCAUUAUCCCACCUCCGCAAGACCAAGCUCCUCAACCUCACAGUCCAACUGGCCUUCCAAGCAUCCCUGAUCCAAGCCCUAGAAACCACAAAGCUGCUCAUCCUCGAGCCCACCUCCGUACGCCAGUUCGCAGACGGCAGGUCAGACCCCAACUUCGUCAUAACCAGCGAAUCCAUCGCAUUCUGCAAAGCUCUAGCCUUCGCCCAGCAAGACCAUACCGCCCUCCUCCCCCUCUUCAAGAACGCAACGACCCGCUACCUCGCUCUCCAAAACCAGGCUAAAGCAGGGAGCUCGAUAUCAGCGGGGAUCGCCUUCCUAGGUGCUGGACUGCGCUCUGUUACCCCGUCAGCAGAGACUCCGUCAGCAGAGAGGAUCGUUCUUGCACGCUCGCUCGGCAAGAUCAGUAACCCUAUCUACUUCACCGGGUCGCCGAGUGCGCCGGCGCAUGAGUACUUCGAGGCGUAUAUUUUCGCGGACGAUCAGUUGGCGCUGGUCUAUGUGGGGCAGAGCGAACGGCUGCUGGUUUCGAUUGCGGCGUCUGGGAAGUUUAGGGCUUUGUUGCCCAGGGUUCGUGAGUUGAUGGUUGAUUAUCUGGGUGUUGUUGCGAGGGUUGCUGGACUGGCUGGGGAGGGCGAGGCCUGA